AUGGACUCAAAUAUCUUGGACAGCCUCCUUGAUUUGGAGGAGCAAUUCUACAAUGAAGGCUACAAGUUGGGCGUCGCCGAUGGCGCCGAAGCGGGCUACACGGAAGGCAGCGUCUUCGCCGUGGAAAACGGCUUCGAGAAAUUUGUGGAGAUGGGCCGGCUGUAUGGCAAGGCCCUUGUCUGGGCACAGCGACUGGCCGAAAGCAAACCAGAUGAAACAACUGGACUGAUGCCACAUCAAGUCAAACAAGAAGAUACCUUAUCGCUUGACCCAUCGAUAUGCAAUGCUAUGCCGAAAAUCCCAGCACACAGCACUCGUCUGACAAGAAACCUUGCCACAUUACUGGAGCUGGUGGAUCCAGCCACUCUAGACAUGAGAAACACCGAGGAGGCCGUCAACGAUGUCGACGAGCGUUUGAGAGGUGCUGCAGUGAAAGCCAAGCUUAUCCAACGAGCUAUGGGCGAAAGCGAAGAACCAUUGAGUGCCCGAUCCACUGCCAAGGAUUUCACAAAGCCAGGAGAUGGAACGGGCAGUAUUGAAGACAUUAGUUCAUUGAGCUUUCGUCAUUGA